AUGAUUAUACGUGUCUCUUUUUAUUUCCUAGUUGAUUUCUUGUGUCUUCCAUCUUUUUUUUUCAUAUUCCUGCUUCCGUCACCUCUCAGUACUUCUAUCACCACCACCCCCACCCCCAGCCCUACCCGUCCUUACACCAGUCGUCCAAACAGAUUUUUGGCGAGGUGUUUAUGUGCUACUAAACAAAAUCAACCAAUAAACCGUUUUACUACGAAACACCAACUCUCCGGUAUUCCUACCAUUUUCAACUAUCUCCUCAUACUUUCGCUUUUCCACCCAUUUUCUACUCUUUUCUACCAUUUCCUUCUGCUUUUCCUCCUAUUUUCUACUCUCUCCACAUACUUCUGCGUUUCCUCCCAUUUUCUACUCUCUCCUCAUCCUUCCGCUUUUCCUCCUAUUUUCUACUCUCUCCUCAUACUUCUGCUUUUCCUCCUAUUUUCUACUCUCUCCACAUACUUCUGCGUUUCCUCCCAUUUUCUACUCUCUCCUCAUCCUUCCGCUUUUCCUCCUAUUUUCUACUCUCUCCUCAUCCUUCCGCUUUUCCUCCCAUUUUCUACUCUCUCCUCAUCCUUCCGCUUUUUCUCCCAUUUUCUACUCUCUCCACAUACUUCUGCAUUUUCUCCCAUUUUCAACUCUUUCCUCAUCUUUCUGAUUUUUCUCCUAUUUUCUACUCUCUCCAUAUACUUCUGCUUUUCCUCCCAUUUCCUACUCUUCCCUCAUCCUUCCGCUUUUCCUCCCAUUUUCUACUCUCUCCACUUACUCCUGCUUUUCCUCCCGUUUCCUCCUCCCUCUCACUCGUCCGCUUUUUCUUCCAUUGUCUAUUCUCCCCCUUAUCCUUCAGUUUUUCCUCCCAUUUUCUACUCUCUCCUCAUACUUCUGCUUUUCCUCCUAUUUCCUCCUCUCUCCUCAUCCACCCGCUUUUCCUCCCAUUGUUUACUCUCUCCGUUCUUUCUUGUAUUUGCAGAUCCCCACCAGAUAUCUGCUUGUUGUGGCAUGAGGUUGAUUGAAAGGAAGUCUCAAAUCUACAUACCUUCGAAGAGGCCAAAUAUACUUCUGAGCACUCUUGCUGUCGCUGAAGGUGGUUCUCUGGAAUCUUUUCGGAUUCGAACCACACUGACUGAUUCCAAUUCCCAUUCGUCAUAA